AUGCAUCACGCUCCUCCUCCUACCUCCUCAUCGGGGGACCUUCUCGUUUCAGCCCCAGAAAACCAUCUCUCCGUCAAUUGGGAUCCGUCAUCACUUGCCAACCCACCUGUACCCCGAAUAGAUAAUAAUCCAAAAGAAACAGGGGGCACUUGGGGAGACGGAUGCAGCGCGGCUACAUCCCUCACGGAUAAUCAAGACGACACAACACUGCGCUCAUCGCUGGCGCGGCACUUCCGCACCAACAUAGACACUACACACACUGACAUCGUCCUGAUCAUCUGUGGCUUCGUCAGCGGUCUUGUAGAUGGCUUAUCGUUCAACGCCUGGGGGAGUUUUGCCAGUAUGCAAACAGGUAUGCCUCUACUUCACCCUCGUACUCGUACUAGUUCCGCCCAAGCAACCGCUAACCAACUACCCGCAGGAAACAGCGUCUUCAUAGCUCUAGGCGUCUCAGGCCAACCAGCUUACCCAGCCUACCUCUGGGCCAAAUCCCUAAUCGCUCUCACGGUCUUCAUAACCAGCAACAUCCUCUUCAUCCACGUCUCGCGGGCCCUCGGUCCCCGCCGUCGCUCAACCCUAAUCCUAUCUUUCGCCGUUCAAACCGCCGCUCUCCUCGCAGCAGCCAUACUCGUCCAACUAGGGGUUAUCAGCCCCAAACCUGAAGACCCCCGAGCCCCCAUCGAGUGGAUGCAAAUUCUCCCCAUCUCACUGCUGUCCUUCCAAGCGGGCGGGCAAAUCGUAGCAUCCCGGGUGCUGGAUCCAAAGUUGACUGAGAAGGUUAACCCGAAGCGCAAUAGAAGGGCUGGAGCCUUUCUGGCGUUAUUCCUGGGCGCUAUGACGGCUGGUGGGUUGUCGAAAGUUACAGAGAUGGCGGCUAGUUUGUGGUUUGCUUUUGUAUUGAAGUUCUUGAUUACGGCUGGGUGGUUUGUGUGGAAGAGGGAGGGGAGGACAGAGGGGAAGAGGGAUGUUGAGGGUUGA